UUGUGCGAAGAAAUUAAAGUUGUUUUUCAAUUGUCAAAUCACCUUAAAUAAACAUGUCGAAAUUUUUAAUCGUUGUAGUCCUUGUUGCUAUCUGUGGGUCAUCUUUGGCUGGAAAGGAAGAGUGGAAGCAGAACGCCGAACAAUGUUCAGCAACACACAAUGUCAAGUGGGAUGAUAUGAAGAAUAUUAAAGAAGCUGAUAAUAUGACUGCCGACAUGAAGUGCUUCUUUUUGUGUAUGGCUGAAAAGCAGAAAAUAAUCAAAGAUGGUGCUUUUCAGCCACAAGUUUUUGCUGAAAAUGCCGGAAGUUCAGCGGAUAAGGAUAAAGUGACAAAAAUUACAACUGAAUGCAAUCUCAAAGGAACAGAUAAUUGUGAUACUGCUGCCAAGGUGAUGGCUUGUAUUGGCAAAAAUAUUAUGCAUAAAAUGUAACAGUUCGU